AAGAAUUGCAUAACGUUUUUGUACUGCGGAUAUUGCUGGUGGCUGGCUUUCUUCUUCACCCGGAUGGAGUUGGUUGAAUCUACUGCAGCACGUCUGAAUAUGGAGAAUGGAGAUGUUAUCCGUAACAGCACACUCAUUUGUGCUCCUUUGAUGGCGGAUUCCGUGGAUCGGAUGGUGAAGGAUAUGUAUAGGGCCAAAACAAGUGGCGCUGACGUGGUUGAGCUUCGACUUGAUAGUUUGAAGAACUUCAAUCCUCGUCGGGACAUCGAGACCUUGAUCAAAAGCUGUCCUUUGCCUACUCUCUUCACGUACAGACCAACAUGGGAAGGUGGCCAGUAUGAUGGUGACGAGAACAGUCGGCUAGAUGCACUUAGAUUCGCGAUGGAGACUGGAGCUGAUUACAUUGAUGUUGAGCUUCAGGUUGCUCCCGAGUUCACUAAGUCUCUGCUUGGAAAGAAGCCUGCAAAAUGCAAAAUCAUUGUUUCCAACCACAACUACCAAAUCACACCAUCUGUUGAAGAUCUUGGAAAUCUUGUUGUAAGAAUACAAGCAGCGGGAGCUGACAUAGUGAAGUUUGCCACUACAGCUGUGGAUGUCACUGAUGUUGCUCGUGUAUUUCAAAUAAUUGUUCAUUCUCAAGUUCCAAUUAUUGGACUGGUUAUGGGGGAAAGAGGGCUGAUGUCACGGAUACUUUGCCCGAAAUUUGGUGCAUACCUCACAUUUGGCACCCUUGAUCCUGGAGUAAUAUCAGCACCAGGGCAACCAACAAUUGAUGCUCUGCUGAACUUGUACAACUUUAGACAGAUAGGGCCUGAUACAAAGGUUUAUGGUAUUAUUGGGAAGCCUGUCAGUCACAGCAAGUCACCUACCUUAUACAAUGAGGCAUUCAAAAGAGCUGGUAUUAAUGGAGUUUACUUGCAUUUGUUGGUGGAUGACAUAGCCAAAUUUCUUCAGACGUACUCUUCCGUUGAUUUUGCUGGCUUCAGUGUUACAAUUCCUCACAAGGAAGCAGCAGCCAAGUGCUGCGAUGAGGUUGAUCCUGUAGCAAAGUCAAUAGGAGCUGUUAAUUGCAUUGUUCGGGAACCAACUGAUGGGAAGUUAUUUGGAUGCAAUACAGAUUAUGUUGGCGCCAUUACUGCCAUUGAAGAAGCAUUAAGAGGUUCAGAUGUUACAAUUAGUACUGCUUCAUCGCCGUUAGCUGGUAAGCUCUUUGUGGUGAUUGGUGCUGGUGGCGCUGGCAAAGCUCUUGCUUUUGGUGCAAAGGAGAAAGGAGCAAGGGUUGUCAUAGUAAACCGUACUUAUGAUCGAGCUAAAGAACUGGCAGCUACCAUUGGAGGUGAUGCUUUAUCAUUGGCCGAAUUGGAUAAUUUCCAUCCUGAGGACGGUAUGAUACUUGCAAACACAACUUCGAUCGGUAUGCAACCAAAAGUUGACGAAACACCUAUUUCAAAGCAAGCCCUAAGACACUAUGAGCUUGUAUUCGAUGCUGUUUAUACACCUAAGAUCACAAGAUUGCUUCGUGAAGCAGAAGAAUCAGGUGCCAGAAUUGUCAAUGGGCUGGAGAUGUUCAUAGGACAGGCGUAUGAACAAUUUGAGAGGUUCACCGGUUUGCCUGCACCAAAGGAGCUAUUUAAAGAGAUUAUGUCGAACUACUGAAUAAGGUUUUUCUUUUCAGUUCUUCUGCAGAUUUUUGUAUUUUUACAGAUUUACAUACUUGACCUUGGAAUAGAACUUCUUUGGUUACAGGUAUGGAGUGAAACUGGUCAGGGAAACCACCAUGUGUUUUUUUCUUCAUGAGUUAAGUUUAUUGGUUUUGUUAUUUGUUGUACCAUGAGAAACUCAAUUACGAGCAAAUAAAGCUGUAAUAUCUUUCUCGACAUUGUAUUCCUUAGUUUUGUAUUGGGAAAGUUGGGGUUCAGACAUAGAAUGAACUCGGAUAUCAUGUCUAAAGUGGUUCAUCGAUUAGAGAUUUUGAAACAGUAACAUAAAUAAUUGGAUUUUCAAAUCGG